AUGUUUCUUUCCGAUGAAGACAGAUCUCUGGUAAUCUGGAUAAAUGAGAAGCUGCCAUCUCAGAACUAUUGUAUUUUUACUGCAGAACUUUCUUCUUUCAAUCUCGUUUUGUCAUCUUUUGCCUUUGGGUUCCAAUCACUCUCUCAAAUUGCGUUAAUGACAAUAUCAAAGUCUGUUUGCCUUGACGCUACUCAUGGUAUCUCUGUAAGAAGCGCUGAAGUCCUGUACUCUCUUGUUAUUUGGCAUCCUGAGACAGGAAAAGGCAUAUCAAUUGCCUACAUGAUUACCAAUGAUCAUACAUUCCUGAGGUCAAUGCUAUCACAGCAGCACCACCUCAAACAGCAAUCCAUUUUUGUGAGUUUCAUGUUCUUCGUGCUUGAAUUUAAACAGCAAAUACAGCAAGAACAGCAAUUCUUGAAUUAUUUUGAGCAAAGAUGGGUUGGAAGUGACGAAGUCAUAAGAAGAUGGGGAAGACCCUAUGUGACCCAGCAGCACUUAUGA